UAUUCUCUCUAUUACCUCUUUCCCUCAAACUCCCCAAAUAUGCCUGAUACACAAUUCAAGAUGGUAUCAGAGCAGGGAUGAGACUCAGAGUAGUUUCAUCACUGUCUCGGACCAAUCUCAAACCUUUUAGCUAAAACCCGGCAGACCCUGCAAAGCCAAAAACAUGUCAGAUAACGACGACCCACCAAAACCAACGGAAACAGAGCAAUUCGCUCGAAUGUUUGCCGAGUUUAUGCGAGCAAGUAUCGCACAAAGUCAGAACCAAAUAAUACCCACCAAACCUCCAGAAUUAACACCAGAAACCUACAGAAUUGAUUCGUCACCAUUGAUUAUUGCAGAGAAAUUAAAUGGAGACAAUUAUCCCCAGUGGUCUAUCCUCAUGAAAGCGGCAAUCGGUGGAAGGGGGAUGAUGUCUCACAUCACUGGAGUACCACCCCCUCCUCCAACGACCGAACCGGCCUUCGGAAAAUGGCAGCAGGCUGACCAUUGUGUAUUCACAUGGCUCACACAGAACGUGGAACAGAGGCUGGUGAGCCGAUUAACCCAAUAUCCGACAGCCAGGGAUAUUUGGGUCAGCAUCGAGGUCACUUACGCCAGCGGGAGUGACAAAAUCCAAGUAUACGAUCUGUAUGCAAAGGCAAUUACAUUAAAACAGAAGGAAGGGUCAUUGGAGGAGAUCUGGACCCAAUUGAACGAGUUGUGGAUCUCUAUUGAUCGGAAACACCCGAACCCAAUGAAGUAUGCAGAAGAUAUCGAAAUAUACAAUACCGAGAAGCAAGAACAGAGAUUGUUCCAAUUACUUGUGGCUCUAAAUAACAAGUAUGAAAGCAUCAAAAAGGAGAUACUUAGGACAGAACCACUUCCCUCGGCUGAAGCGGCAUACGCCAUCCUCCGGCGAGAAGACGCCAGAUCGAAUGUGCUCCAGACGGAAAACUCCGGCGCACAGGGAGUCGGAGCUGGGCUAGCCGUGACUCACCAAUGGCAAAACCACCGACCUCAUCCCCAACGGAACGUCGGCGGCAGCAAUGGUGGUGGAUGGCACAAGAGGACCGAUGAGGACAAGUCGAAACUCACCUGUUCCCAUUGUGGGAAGAAGAAACACACACGGGAAUCCUGCUUCGAGAUCCAUGGUUAUCCGGAGUGGUGGCAAGAGAGAAAGACCAAACCACCGCCGAUAUCACUCCGGAACAGUGGGCACGCAGCGGCGGCAGUGGGAAAAGGAGAAUCAGCCGCCUCCAUCGGGAGCAACAUGGGAGUCGCUAGCAACCGAUGCGGCAACUCAGGGAUGGAAGCUGCACCGUCCGGAGUGGCGACAGUGGCCAAGGGAGGAGGAGGAGUCGCUCAAUCGGAUGUGGGGGAGAAGGAAAUGGAGGCGCCGAAUUUGGGAGGAUAUCAGGACAGGGGAAAUUAUUGGACGUGGCACUGAGCGGGACGGGCUGUAUUACGUCGACGAAAUAACACAACAAGGAACCGCAUUGCUGACUCAUGGAUCUACUGAUCGGGAAGCCUGGCUCUGGCAUAGACGUUUGGGACAUCCUUCCACGGGUUAUCUAAAAAUCCUCUUUCCUAAAUUCAGUCAAGAUAUGUAUUGUGAAACUUGUAUGUUAGCCAAGAGCCAUAGACAGUCAUAUAAAUCAAAUAA